CAACCCCGCAAUACAAUGAGAUCAUCUCCACUAUCGCUAUCCCAACCCUACCUUACCGGCUUACUUAUCACCAGACCAUUGAUUCUUCCGGGGAAAGAUCAGCGUUUUUACUCCAACUCAUCGAUCACGUAGCCUCAUUCCAGCAGUUGACUAUAAGGGGGCAUUUUUACUCGGUUCUAUCGCGGGUCGAACCAUUAACCUACCCAAAGCAGCAGCAGCCAAGUCUCCGAGCUGCUGCCACGAGAACACACAGUCGUCCAUACAAGGCUCAGCAUAGGGGACUGUUACUCAAGGCGACGUUACGCAAGUAUAUUCAGAAGGUCACACUUGGAGCUGCCAGUGCGCUGCGCAAGGCCAAGUAACUAUCCAAGAGCACGAGAGCCUCGGUCCGUACACCCCACACAUUCACAGACGUCCACGAUGCCCACCUCGACGCUACGCUCGCAGCUGGACAAGGACGGAUUCGUAGUCCUGAGGUCGAUCCUUAGCGCGAAACAGGUCUCGCAGCAGCGCGCUGCGGCAGAACGCACAAGGGAGCUUGCGCUCCAGGGGUCCUGGCCACAUGUGCGCACGGUCGGGAAACAGUUCCCGCCGUGGACGUGGAGCCCCGGGGUUGGGAUCUGGGGGGUCCAGCACCUGCUGAACCCAGCACUGCCCGACGCCCCGACUUUCGCCGCGAGCUACUUUGGCGACGAGGUCCUAGGCGUGGCCAAGGAGCUUCUUGGCCCAUGCUCAGACGACGAGCUAGUCAUGGAGCUGUACAACCUGCUCGUACGACCCUCGGACGGCACGGACUACGAGCUGCGCUGGCACCGCGACGACAUCCCCGCCGGAGCUAGCGCCCAGGAGGAAACCAAUCGCCUGACGGAGCCCGCUUGGCAUGCGCAGUGGAAUCUGGCGCUGUGCGAUGGCGACGAGAGCUUGGUCGUGGUGCCCGGAUCGCACGCGCGGCCUAGGACCGAGCAAGAGCGUGCUGCAGGGCCUUUUGAGCCGGAUAUGCCGGAUCAGUUAGUCGUGAAGCUUGAUGCUGGUGAUGUCGUGUUUUAUAAUAACAAUAUACUGCAUCGAGGCCGCUAUGAUGGCAGUCGCGAGCGCUUGAGUCUGCAUGGGUCUGUUGGACAUGUCGCUGGCGGUAAAUUGAGGGCUAGAAAUGUGUUGCAGCAUGCUGUCGGUAGCUGGGUAGAUAAAUGUGACUUUAGCAAUCUAGACGAGAAGCAAAGGACGAGGGCGGAGGGGAUGCGGGCACGACUAGUCAAGUUAGGAAGCGAAAGCGGCGAUGUUGGAUAUUCCCUAGAUGGAUGAUGAUAGCUCAGGUGUUUAUUUCCAGCAAGCUUCCCAAAUGCUAAUGAUAUACAGCGAAACAUAUGCAAACCAGCCCACAAAACCUAUGAUAUAUCCCGCAGAUAUCAAUUUCCAUCUGGCAUAUCCUGGGUGCCCAUGUAGGAAUAGAACCCUUUCGCUCCCUGGCGAAGCGCUUCUAGCGCGAGAUGGUUGU